AUGGCAAGGUCACUGUGCUUAGAAGAGGACAGCUUUUUGAAGAAAUUUGGUGAGUGCAGAGUAAUUGAUGCAAGAUUCAACAAUUAUCCGCCAUGUCCCAGGCUAGAUUUUGCUCUUGGAGUCAAGCCACAUGCAAAUGGAUCUCCUGCAAGGAAAAAAAAAAAAGUAGGAGGUCUCCAAGUCAUCAAAGAUAUCAUCUCGAAAGAUCAGUUCAACCAUUAUGAUUCUGCUGUUAUGGACAGAGAUGAAGCAGUGGAAGAUGGCAGUGAAAUGGCUGGGUCCGUUCUUGAUGUUGGGGAUUUAGAACUUGGUAAAAAGGUUGGGGAAGAAUUGGCGCCAGUGGUUGACACAAAAGUGGAGACGGUGGUUGUGAGAGAGGAAUCAAAGGUACCUGAUGCUAAAACUGAGAUAGAGAUUAAGCUAGAGAUAGACACAUUUCAUGAGGUCAAGAGCAAACGUGAUCGGAGGAAAGUGACUGUGAACAGCAGAGCAUAUGAUGAUCAGUGGACACCUGGCAUGCAGCGGAGAGGGACUAGGGGUGGCAGAGAAAACCAUUACUCUUCUUCUAAUUCUGAUGGUGCUGGAGGUGGAAGGCAAUUGAACGGUGGUCAGGAUAAUGGUUACAGUAGGCGUACAGAGAGAGCUUCUAAGUCAUAUGUUCCAGGUCCUCAUAAAACAGAAAACAAUGAAUCAUCUCUUAUCACAAAUUCUUCCACAUCUUCUGCCAAUAGUUCAGCUAGUGUAUGUAAUGGAAGCCUUAGUGACAAAUCCACUUCUCAAUUAUCCAUGUGUAAUAUUGGAGGUACCAUCAAAGAUAUUUCAGCUGCUGAAAAUAGUAAGUUGUGGAAAAUGUCAUUUCUACAAAGUGUUGCAGUGAAGCAAUUCCCAAAUUUAUACCCUGGCCCGACUCCCACCCCUACACCAACUAGGGCUUCCACUGCUGCAACAGGCACUAGGUUUGAAGGUGGAAAGUCCAAAUCAAUAACUAGUCAUCUUGGAAAUAGCAUGGAUUCAAGAUCUGUCUCAGGCUUGUACUCAUCUGCAUCAGAUCCCUUGCUAGUGCCAUCUCUAAAUCCCCGAUAUUCUGGGGGAAUUGGUAUAAUUAAGCCUGAAACAGGGAAGCAGCAGAUUGCAGCUCAAGUUAGUACCAACCCACCAGCUGACAACAGAAUGAUAGAUGGUCAAACAGUAACUAAAGCUCUAGCAAUCUCAGGAUCUGUUGACUCCACAAGCAACAAACAGACUAGAGGAUCCCAAGGAGUUGACAGGAGUCAGCUGGCUGAGCCUCCCCUAAUGGCAUCUUCAACUAACCACAAUGUUUCGCCUGCUUGCAAAUCUAAUCAGGAAACUCCUCCAGUGCAAGGAAUCAAUGAUCCUUCAAAAGAUGACUCUGCUUCAAAACAAGCCAUCUCAGAAGUUGAUACUAAGCUACCCAAGUUACAUAUCUCUGCUCAUCAAUCUGUUAUUUUUCCCAAUCAUAUUCAUGUACCUGAAGCUUUCAAGAAUGGUUUGACUUUUGGAAGUUUGAGUAUUCCUAUGGGACAGAGCAUCAUGGAGUCGAAGCUUGUGGAUGUAGCUUUUGCGACUAAUGUUGAAGCUGUUAAGGAAUCUUCUGUGAUUGAUCAACCUGCAUCCUCAACAGCUGGACGAGAUGAUUAUCCUGAUUGUCCCCCGUCUCCUCCCCAUGUAGCUGAUAAUUUUUCACCAUCACAAGAAAAUGUUUCUAUUGGUGCCACGCUGAGAUAUGAUCAGGCAAAGCAGGAGCUGAUCCAAUCGCUAGGAGGAUAUCAGAACCCACUUAUUCCUAAUAUGACAGACUACAGUCUCAAUCUUGUACACCCGGUUAUAGGAUCUCGUCUGGUGCAAGCCGAAGGUCUUGAGCCACAGGGAGGAAAAUCUCUGGUUCCAUCAGCAACAUCAAUAACUCAACCAGCCGGAAUUGGGCAGAAUUCUAUUCCUGUAUCACCCCAGUUGUUUCCUUACCUUCGACAGCCAUAUCCUCCUAACUACAUACCGUACAACCCUUACUUUUCGCAGCUUUAUAUGACACCACCAAAUGCUCACCAAUACUUAGGGAACAGUGGGUUCCCGCAGCAUCCUUCAACUGGCAACAUCUAUAUGCCACCAACUGCUAAUGCCACAGGAGUAAAAUUCCCUGUUCAUUCAUUGUGCAAACCGGGAACUGUUGUUGGAAAUCUGACCCACUAUGGAAUUCCUUCUGGUUAUGGUUCUUAUGGGGCCUCUGGGGUUAGUUAUAGUCCCAGUGCAGCUUUGGCACCUGGUAGUUCUGCGAACAACAAUGAUAUUGUGGGAUCUGAGCUGAAAGAAAAGACCAUCUACUCUACUAUUAAACAGAAUGAGGAGUCCCAUGCAUGGACUUCUGCACCUGGCCAGGACAUGUCAACUUUGCAGGCCAAUGUUUUCUACAACAUUCCUCAGGGACAACAUUCCAUCUUUCCUUUACAGGUUGGCCAUGGGACCUUCCCUGGAAUCUAUCAUCCAACACAAACUGUAUCAAUCCCGUCUACACUUCAGUCACUUCCCCAGCAGUCUCAGGCGGUGGCUGGACCAUUGGGUGCUUAUCUUGCAACCACAAUUGCAACCUCAACAGCAACUGCAACAUGCACAGAUGAAUUGGAACCCUAA